AUAAUUCGUCAAGGUGCAACUGGUGACACAUUCUUCAUUAUGAGCAGCGGCCGGGUAAAAAUCACUCAACGUAAACCAGGCACUUUAGAAGAUGAACAAAUACGUACCUUACAACGUGGUGAUUAUUUCGGAGAGCAAGCUUUGUUGAAAGAAGACUACCGCACUGCUUCCGUGAUAGCUCUUCAUCCAGGUGUAGAAUGUUUAACCCUAGACCGCGAUUCUUUCAUUCAACUCAUCGGGGACCUAAGCGAAAUCAAAGAAAAAGAUUACGGUGACACACAUCGUAAACUAGCGCGUCCAAUUAGCAGUUCCAAUAUGCAGGAACUAGCUGAAUAUGAUUAUAUUCAAUUGGACGAUUUAGAUGUGGUUGCUACUUUGGGUAUAGGUGGUUUCGGACGUGUGGAACUCGUGCAGUACUGGGACCAAUCCCUAACAUUCGCUCUCAAGUGUCUUAAGAAGCAGCAUAUCGUAGACACACACCAACAGGAACAUAUCUUCAGUGAAAAGAGUGUCAUGAUGGGAUGUCGUAGUAAAUUCAUCUGCAGAAUGUAUAAAACGUUUAAAGAUGCGAAAUAUGUUUACAUGCUACUGGAAGCGUGUCUUGGUGGUGAGGUAUGGACGAUUCUAAGAGAUCGGAGUUGUUUUGAUGAAUACACCACCCGGUUUAUUACUGCUUGUGUUGUGGAAGCAUUUGAUUACCUACAUGCGAGAGGUAUAAUCUAUAGAGACCUAAAACCAGAGAAUUUACUGCUGGACGGUAAAGGUUAUGUUAAAUUAGUCGAUUUUGGUUUUUCAAAACGCUUAGGAUACAGUAGUAAAACAUGGACGUUUUGUGGUACACCAGAGUAUGUUUCGCCCGAGACUAUUCUCAAUAAAGGACAUGAUCGUGCUGUUGAUUACUGGGCAUUGGGUAUAUUGAUGCAUGAAUUACUCACUGGAAAUCCGCCAUUUGCUGCAAAUGACCCGAUGCGUACAUACAAUCUCAUAUUGAAAGGUAUAGAUAUGAUUGACUUUGCGAAACACAAUAUAAGCAGGACAGCGCAGAGUUUGAUCAAGAAAUUGUGUAGAGAUCUACCGUCUGAAAGACUCGGAUAUCAACGAGGUGGUAUUCAAGAUAUUAAAAAACAUAAAUGGUUUCAAGGAUUUGAUUGGGAUGGUCUUAUUAGUGGUAAUUUACAAGCUCCGAUUGUACAAUCAAUAAGAGGACCUUCGGAUUUUACUAAUUUUGACACGUUUAGCAAAGAUAAUAACAUACCUGCUGAUGAGACCUCUGGCUGGGAGAAAGAUUUUUAA